CGAGAAAAAGACAGGGGGGGGGGGGGGGGGGGGGGGGGGGGUUUGUCCACCACGCACACAUAACUAACUAAACCCGACAUGCGGGAGUCAUGACGUUAGCAGCACAUACCGAGGCUGUACUCGUCACCGUGUGUUUGACAUCCGCGAGCUCCAAACUUUCUGCCAGUUGAACGCCUGCGCAGACGGAAAAAAAAACAGGCUCUCCCUUGCCUCCAUUAUUAGGCUCAUGUUUCGGUGUUAGCCAUGGAGGGAAAUCUUCAAAGGGGCUGCGGCGACGUCGCGACGAUGCAUGUGAAAACUGAAGCGGUCGAUGAAAACCCAUCUGCGCUGGUUUUGGGCAGCCGAGAGUCGCCUGCGCCCUGCGGAGGUACCGCAUGCGGAGGAGGAGGAGGGGGGGAUCAGACUGCAGAGGAGCCUCCCGUACUGCUCUAUCCCGUGAGUACGGAGCGCUUCUUCGCCACAUCAGUGGAUGGAAAAACGUACCUGAAGAUAGCUCCAGUUUCAGCGAUGCCACCGGCUCCCUCAGAGAAGACGCUUCCGUCCGGCUCUGAUUUCUCCUCCAAAGCCGUGUUGUGUCUGAUAGAGGCCGUCGGGCGCCGCUGGGGCCUGUAUGAGACCCGGGAACGCUCACAGCUCUUCCAGAGUGUCCAGGAAGAGAUGGCCUCCAAGGGUCACGUGCUUCCUGUCGAAAAGAUCCGCCGCAAGUGGAACAACCUCAUUGUCACAUACAAGAGGGUUAAAGACCGCAGCCGGGAGACGGGACACGCUAAAACGUCCUGGGAGUUUUUCGAUCUGAUGGACGCCACACUCUGUGACACUGUUGGCACUCAGAUUGUCAACAACAAAAGAAACAAGGGCAGCAACACGGGAUCCACUCUGCCUGGCCCUUUGGCAAAGAUCGCUGCAAAACCACAGGUUCCGCCCACCACCAUCAGCCGCCCUAAUGGGGACUUUGCUUCCACUGGUGGGGUGGACACAGUGGGUCAGGGAACCACCAGCAGUCAAACCAUCAGUAGCGCUGCGGCCAUUGCCUCAGUGACUACAGCCACCAUGAGCACGACACAUGCUCUGGAGCUCAAGCCCCUGAUUGUCGUCAACAGUGACAUUGUUACGACUAGUAUCCAUCCAGCCACCAUUGUGCCAUCUCCAUCUUUUAUCUCCUCGCCUUGUUUCACAGAGACAGCUUCUACUUCCCCUUCCCUGGGCUCGACUAGCAACACAGACCUCAGCAAGUCGCGCUACAUUGGCCGCAAAGCUCCAUCAUUCUCAUCAGGCGUCGUCGCACCAUUUCGCCUUAGCAACGCAACGCUCGGCAACAAUCCGAGUCUCCUCAGCCUCUCCUCUUUCAUCCCUACUUCCUCUUGUCUCACUUCUUCUGCUUCCACCUCGUUAUCUGCAAAAAACGCGUCGGGAACCGAAGGAGAGAAUGAGAAGGGAAGCGAGGAGCGGAGCAACGCCACUUUGUUCCAGGAGAUUCUGCAGCGGCAGGAGGAGCAGGCCUACCAGGACCGAGUGGAAGCCCGAGAGAAGAGGCGUGAGAGGAGGGAGGUACGAAUGGCCGAGUCCCUCGGCAGGAUAGCCACCGCCCUGGAGCUGCUCUCCUCCAAACAGGACACGGUCAUUGCCCUCCUGCAGAGACUGGCGGACCGGAAGUGAUGGAGGCUGAAACUAGGGCUGCCCAUUUUAUCAAGUCUAUCGAAAUCGUAAGAUGGACUAGUGCAACAUCCAUAUCGCAGGGCAGGCACAAUAUUUGUUAAAGGCAAAAUGUGUUAAAUCAUUCUUAAUU